AUGGGAGCCAGGCCCUCAUGACGGCAGGUGACCGACGUUCCACGCAUGGCUCCGACCAAGCUGCCCCCUGAGCUGCUGGUGCAGGUGCUGUGCCACGUGCCUCCUCGCGCGUUACUGACCCGCUGCCGGCCAGUGUGCCGGGCCUGGCGCGACCUGGUAGAUGGCCUAAGUAUAUGACUUCUACAGAUGGCUCGCGACCGCAGCGUGGAGGGCAGAGCCCUCUACGCCUUGCACCAGCGCUGUCCCGCCGACGACAGCGACCGCCACAUCGAGUUCCCAUUCUGCCCUCUGGCCCGCUUCUGCCUGCGAGCGCCGCUGGGCAGCAACCUCAACCGGAGGGCAGGGCCUGGCUUCAGAGGGUGGGAAGUGGAGCACGGCGGGAACGGCUGGGCUGUGGAAAAGAAUUGGACGCUGGUGCCAGGGGCUCCUUCCCAGACCUGCUUCGUGACUUCUUUUGAGUGGUGCUUCAAGAGGCAGCUUGUAGACCUGGUGAAGGAAGGGGUAUGGCCGGAGCUGCUGGACAGUGCCCAGAUUGAGAUCUGCGUAGCUGACUGGUGGGGCGCCCGUGAGAACUGCGGCUGCAUCUACCGGCUUCGGGUCCGCCUACUGGAUGAAUAUGAAAAUGAAGUGGUCAAGUUCUCUGCCUCACCCAACCGCCUUCAGUGGACUGAGGGGAGCUGCUGA